AUGGUUAUCGACACUGAACUUGAAAUUCAAAUGGUCGAGAUUUUGAUCUCGAAAGAUGUCAGCGAUGCUCUAGAUAGAUUUAAUGUAGUUCUUGCUCAGAUAUCUGAUUUACCACCUAACUACUUUACUGAAGUUGCAGCGACCUUUGCUGAUAUGAUUUCUCAAGGUUCUGUAACCCUUGUUGUCGCUCGAAAAAUGGGUAAAAGAUUGACUGAAUUCGUUGACAGUCUUUCUGACGACAACUUAGUCGUCGAAACUCUUCAGGAAAUGCUCUAUCGUAUGCAGCCCCGUGCCAUUGCAUUUGAAUAUGAGUUGGCAUAUUUGAGGGAUCGACUUGCUCAACGGCUAAUGAAAGUUGGAAAAGUGAAAGAGGCUGUUGAAAUGUUACGUGCUAUUCCUGUUGAUAGCCAUGCUCGUGGUUAUUCAGAUGGGUACAAACUUCAAAUCUGUGCUCGCUUGACUGAGUGUCUAACUGAGCUAAAGGAAUUUGAUUGCAUUGAAAACGUUCUUAAUCAGGUUUCUAAAAUGCUACCAAACUGUACUGAUGAAAGCUUAAAAAUGAAAUUCAAGAUUUCCCAGGCUUUACUUUUAGAUUCUAAGCAAAGGUUUCUAGAAGCUGGACAGAGGUACAUAGACCUGUCCAUUCGUUUCCGCGAUGUUUCAACGGAAGCGCAGAGGACAGAAUUCUUAGAGCAUGCUCUAAUCUCUACCAUUUUAGGCGGAGCUAGUCAGCAACGAGCGCGACUUUUAACAUUUCUCUACAGAGAUGAUCGUUGUCGUGCCCUUAAAGCCUAUCCUGUCCUUGAGAAAAUGUAUAAUCAGAGGUUAAUUAGCCGUGAAUGCGUAAGGAGUCUGCGACCUCUGAUUAUUCAAUACUACUCCGAUUUGUUCGGAGGUGAAAAUAACCAAAAAUUAGACGCUGUUUUGGAGCGGGUCGUUGUUGAGCACAAUAUGAUUGCUGCCAGUAAAGUAUACAGCAGUAUUACUUUGAAGAAUCUUGCAGAAUUAUUGGAAAUCGAAACAGAACAAGCUGAAUCAACUGCCGCUCAAAUGGUCGAGGAGGAAAGGCUAGACGCUUUUAUCGAUCAAAUUGAUGGACUAAUUUUCUUUGAAAAUAAUGUGAAUUCGGUGUCGUCGGGUAUUCGAACCCAGAAUUUGUGGACUUCGUUGAAUCAGAUCCUGGAGAAUAUUGAGGCUGAUCAUCCCAAAUGGAUUGCUGAAAGAACCGAAAAUGGCCGUGUUAGGCAAAACUGCUAG